AUGUUGGGUCUCGACAAUGCCGGGAAAACCACCAUUCUCUACAAGUUGAAGUUGGGAAAGACGUCCAAGACAGCACCCACGGUCGGAUUUAACGUUGAGACCGUCAAGCACAAGAACGUGUCUUUUGCCGUGUGGGAUUGCGGUGGACAGGAGCGUAUCAGGCCAUUGUGGAGACACUAUUUCACCGGAACAAACGCGUUGAUAUACGUGGUAGACUCGUCCGAUAAAGAUCGUUUGGAGGAGUCCAAGAAAGAGUUGAUGCGUGUCAUUAAUGAUAAGGAAUUGGCUAACUGCUUGUUGAUCGUGUUGGCCAACAAGCAGGACGUUCCUGAUGCCGUGAAGCCCAAGGAGCUUAUCGAGCAGUUUGACAUGAACAGCUUGAGUGGCGACCACGUAUGGUCUGUCAUUCCAACUAUCGCCAUUGAUGGCACCGGCUUGGCCGAAACCUUAAGCUGGAUAUCCAAUCACUCCAAGUAA